GCCUGAUGGUUGUCAGUGGGCUUGAAAGUAAGAGGUUUGUGUGUCAAAGUCCAGAGUGUGUGUGUGAACAAUUCCUUUAGAUCAACAUGGAGAAAAAGAAGAUCUUGUGUGUCGGUCUGGUGUGUCUCGACAUCAUCAACGUGGUCGACAAAUACCCAGAAGAAGACACAGACACCAGGUGUUUGUCACAGCGUUGGCAGCGAGGAGGAAACGCAUCCAACUGCUGCACGGUGCUGUCGCUGCUUGGAGCCUCAAGCGCCUUCAUGGGCUCGCUGGCCCCUGGACCCGUGGCUGAUUUUAUUUUGGAAGAUUUUCAGAAGUUCCAUAUCGAUGUGUCUCUGGUGUCUGAGCACGCUCAGUGUGUUCUUCCUGCUUCUGUGGUCGUCAGCAGCAUCAGCACAGGAAGCCGCACCAUCCUGCACAUGAACAGUUUCAUCAUGGCUGACUUCUCGCGGCGUGCGAUCGAUGUGUCGGGGGUGGUUUGGCAGGCCGAGGGUCAGACUCCGUCUGCGUGUUGUGUUGUUUGUCCGUCCAGCGGAUCUCGAACCGUCGUGCUCUCUGACACGAACCUUCCUGAUGUCACAGUGGAGGAUUUCUCCAGAAUCGAACUGGGUCAGUUCAGCUGGAUCCACUGGGAGGGCCGGAACGCAGAAGAGCAGGUGAAGAUGAUCCAGCAGGUUGGGAUAUACAACAGCACGUUGCCACAGCCACAGAAAAUCACCGUCUCCGUGGAGAUAGAGAAGACCAGAGAGAUGCUGAAUCAGCUGUUUCCUCACGGUGAUUUGGUGUUUGUCAGUAAGGACGUGGCUCGUCACCUGGGCUUCCUUUCAGCUGAAGCUGCCGUUAGAGGACUCUACAGUCGGGUCAAACCAGGAGCUGUCCUGAUCUGUGCCUGGGCAGAAAAGGGAGCAGAUGCUUUGGGUCCUGACGGUUUGAUCUUACAUUCGGACGCUUUUCCUCCUGAAACUCUCGUUGACACUCUGGGAGCCGGGGACACUUUCAACGCCGCCGUCAUCUUCACCCUGUCCAAUGGUGGAAGUUUGCAGGAGGCUCUGAGUUUUGGCUGUCAAGUCGCUGGCAGGAAGUGUGGUUUCCAUGGUUACGACGGCAUUGCUGGAAAGUUUGACAACUGACCGAAGACUUUAUAACAGAGACGUAUUUGCACUGUGGUUACAGUGUGGAAAGAUUUAAUAAUAUGAAUAACAAGUGAUGAUUUAAUAUAGAAAUCCAUUUAUGAUAAAUGAUCCAACAACA